UAUUUAUUGGGGGUAUCCCAGUCAGUACAGGGCAGAGACCAACAGUUUUGUGAACUGUAACGUUUCUGCAGCGUUUCCUGUGACGAUUUCUGUAACGAUACGCAGUUUAGAGUACGAAGAUGAGUAUUUUGCUGGAAGUCGUGACGACUGCUCGUCAUUAUGGCGACCUGCCGACGUUUCUGGCGGCUGCAUGUGUGUGUCUGCUGACAUAUCUGUAUCUCCAGCGGCCCAGAAACCUCCCGCCCGGACCCAGGGGCUGGCCGCUUCUCGGGAACAUCCCCAUGUUAGCCAAGACUGCCUUUCUUCCCGCCACUUUCACGGAACUGUCCAAACAGUAUGGUGACGUCAUGAGCAUCAGGUUGGGCGGGAAUCUUGCCAUCGUCCUCUCUGGGUACGAGACUAUCCGGACUACCCUGGUCAAGAGAGCUGAGGAUUUCUCCAGUCGCAGAGUACCACCAGUAGUGGCAGAUAUACGUGGGGAUGAAACAACAAAACGUACAGCUAAAGGUGUCCUGUUUGCUGCCUACGGACCACAAUGGAAACACCAGCGUAAAUUCGCCCUGAUGACUCUCCGGGACUUCGGCGUCGGCAAGCGGAGUUUGGAGGGCAAAGUCACCGAAGAAACCGACGCGCUUGUCCAGGAAAUUUUGUCACAAAACGGACAGCCGUUCGAUCUUAAAAUCAUGAUGCAAAACGCUGUCAGUAACAUCAUUUGUUCAAUUGCCUUCGGGGGCCGAUUCGAGUACGGCGACCCUGAUUUCCUACGACUGAUUGAACUGUUGAACGCCACAAUCGAAGAAAAGCCCUCUGUCACAGACAGGCUUGGAGCGAUACACCCAGUGUUUCGGUACCUCGGAACUUUCGGGAAAGAUUCAAGGCAAGGAAGAUUAUUAAAAAUGUUUCAGGCUCUCCAAGAGUUCUGCCGUGAACAGAUGGAGAAGCACAGGCUGACCUUUGACCCAAACGACAUCCGGGACUUUAUAGACGCCUUUCUCCUGGAGAAGCAGCGGGCUCCGGAGGAAAAAGCUCGGGAGCACUUCACCGACAAGGAGCUGCAAGAGGUGCUGAUAGACUUGUUCCUGGCCGGUACUGAGACCACCGCCACCACUACCCGCUGGGCCCUGCUGUACAUGAUGCUCAACCCAGACAUCCAGGAAAAGGUUCAUCAGGAGAUAGACUCGGUGUUGGGGCAGAGCGCGCCGUCCUACGCACAACGGAACCAACUGCCCUACACAGCAGCGACCCUAGCGGAAGUGCAGCGAAUGAAACCCGUCGCACCACUCAGUAUUCCCCACGCAGCAUCCCGGGACACCACCCUGAAUGGUUACAACAUCCCCCAGGAUGCCAUGAUUUUUAUCAACCUGUGGUCCGUGCACAUGGACCCUCAGCUGUUCCCGGAGACGAACACCUUCCGACCCGAACGUUUCCUGGAUCAGGACGGAAACUUCGUCAAACACGAGGCGCUCGUCCCGUUUGGUAUCGGCCACCGGGUAUGUCUCGGUGAACAGCUGGCCAAGAUGGAGCUCUUCAUGCUGUUCGUCUCCCUGAUGCAGCGUUUCACAUUCAAUCUGCCAGAGGGCGCACCUGAGCCGUCCAUGUUGGGAAAGUUGGGCAGUGCCAUCAAUGUGCCUUUUCCAUUUGAGUUGUGUGCAGUUGCACGCUGAUAGCUUCAAAAGAAAUGUGCAUGAAAUACAGGGAGGGCAAAUAAUGAGCUCUUUUCUAUAGGGUGCAAUAUUUGAAUGCCAGGUAGGAAACCUUAAGCGUGUGGGUGUGCAAAGAAUAUGUUUUCAAGAUCAUUACUUUCAAGUAUAGAAAGAAAUUCAAAUUCAAAGAAGCAGAAACACAAAUAGAACUGAUAUUUAAUCAUCUUUAAUACUAUAUUGCUUCUUAUGUAAGGAGUUAUAUAUAACCAAUGUUCAGUAAAAUAUAUCGCAAGUGUCUUGUGAUAUCUGUAAUGCUGCAAUGAAAAUGCUUUUAAAAGCAUAAAAAGUACUUAUUCAUUACCUAUUUCAAUCCUUAAGUGUCAUUUAGUAUGUAGGCAGAGCUAUGAAGUCUUGGAACUAUACUUUCACAUGGAAAAUUGCAGUGGAAAUACAAAUAUAUGUGACAGCAAAUCUGUACGUUAUGCUCCUCUGUUAAACGAAGUCAUCUCCACAUUGUAAAUAUGAAACUAGUUGAUAUCAUACUAAAGCUACAAGCCUACGAGGAUAAAUAUUUUAAGUUCAUUGCAAGUCCAUGCAUAGAUUUAUUAGCUGCACAACACUACAUUACCAUAAUAUAUAAAGCAUUGUAAAUGACGAACCUUGUCUGUAAUUGUUUUUAAUACAAAUAUUACGAUAUGUAUGUAGCCUUUUUUUGUAUUACAUUUCUGACAUAGAUCGCUUUAGUAUGUAGUACUACAAUGAAGUGCAAUUCAGCCCUAGGAAUACAUUGGUGUACUUCUAAAUGUUGCCAAAUAAUUCGUUUCAUUGCGAAGAAAGAGAUGCAAAAU